AUGUCCAAUCUUCCAAAGGAUUUUUCGGAUCUUCCAAGGGAUUUGGCGGAGGAGGUGCUCUCUAAGGUGGUUCCGGUGACAUCUGUGAGAAGAGUCCGAUCUACUUGCAAAAAGUGGAACACUUUGACCAGACGUAGGAGCUUUAAAAAGAAGCACCUCGGUGGUCAAGCCAAACUAGCAGCAAAGAAAAGAGAGUUUAUGGUGGUCGUGAUGAUGGAUUUUAGGGUUUAUUUGAUGCGCGUAAAUCUUCACACCAAGGUUGAAUUUUGCAUAGAACGUCAAGGUACACUUAUUUUCCCCGACGCUUCAGAUCAAAUACUUGUACGUCAAGUCUUUCACUGCGACGGUUUACUUUUAUGCAUCCUGAAAGACAACCCUAGGCUCGUGGUUUUUAACCCGUAUUGUGGUGGGCAACCCCGGUGGAUCGAGGCCACAUAUAGUAGUUAUCACAGAUGGCAGAACUUUUGCUAUGCUCUCGGAUACAAUAGCAGCACCAAAUCCCACAAAAUCUUGAGUUUAUUUAUGUCUGAUGAUCACGAAGGACCCGAAGUUGUUGAGUUCAAAAUCUACGACCUUAACUCUUGUGAUUCUUCAUGGAGGCUUGCUGUGUUAUUUCAGCGUGAAGAUUCAUUACAGAUGGAGAUCUGGGUUACAACUAAGAUUGCUCCCAACUCGGUGUCGUGGAGCAGCAACUUCUUCUUAUCAGUGAAUACAAAAGUACUCACCACCGUUGAUGAUGAGGCGUUUAUGUUUACGUAUAUGUCGUCACAAUUCUUCAUUGAUGAGGUGAAGAAAGUCGCUGUGGUUUUUGAUAGAUGCAAAGACUCGAGGAUGAUGCGCUACACAGCUUACAUCAUUGGACAGGACGGAUCCUUUAAAGAAGUCGAUCUUGGAGAAUCUCUAGACCAAUUUCGCGCACCAUUUGUGUGCCCUUAUGUUCCAAGUGCAAUGCAACUUGAAUAG